GCGCGCGGUCGCGAGGUUAGUCGCUGAUCGGCAGCGCGUCGCAAGCGGUGUCACUCUCCCCUCCGGUGCGUCCCCCACACACUCGCCUUUCUCACACGACCGGCGAUCCUCGCUUGCGCAACCCCCGAAAGCCCCAGCCCGACCGAGCCGGGCAGGCGCGCGCCCUAUAACUCGCUACGCCACGCAACGCAACGCCGUCAACAUGAUCGUCAGGAUUACGCUAUGUUUGCUAGUCUGCACAGUCUACCAAGCCAUUGCUGAUGUACAGAUUAUUACCGAGCCUCGACAAGGUGAAGAAUAUGUUUUAGUCAGCGCGGGUCAACAAGGCCCAAUAAGAAAUUUUGAAACCUCGCAUAAGAUACCUGAAAAACAUCCAUCACAUCGAAAUUUUAGACCAGAAGAUGAUAAGAGUAAUAAAAAAAUAGUCAAUGGUAAAGUUGGCGGAAAACACGCUUCAGAAGGUAUUGUAUCAAUCGAAGAAGAUAAAAGAGUAAUACUUAAGAAAGUGCAGAAAGGUAAAAUAGCUGAAUCAAUAGAGAUCGAUAUCCCGGUAUCUAAAAUAGAAGAUAUUAAAAUUAAGGAGAAUGUAAAAAAUGAAGAUAUUAAUCCUAAAAUGAAAAUAGAAUUAGAAGCCAUGUCUGAAUCGGGGAAAUUAAGUGAUAAAUCCAGUACGACAACGCAAAAACCUAUUUUAACUACUGCACCUCCUGCUGCGAAGAAGACUUACGACUAUAUUCCUAUCAAUUUCGAUACCAUAGAUGACAUCAACAGUGGCUUGUUGUCAUCAAAUGUAAAAUUAGAACCGGCGGGUUCAGAGCAGAAACAACACUCUCGCAUCCAAAUAAAAAAGGGACCAAAUGGCCAGGAUUAUGAAUAUGAGUACAUUUACUACUAUUAUGACGAAGAUGAUGAAAACAAAACCUCUUCAAGUACUGCCGCUCCUGUCCACAAUUCUCACGACGGCCCUCAAAAAGCAGAUGCUGACAACCAAAUAGGCAAAGAAUCUAAGGCCAAGAACAAGUACAGUUCUAUAGACAGGUCUGGUGCAACAACUGUAGCUACAUCUGAUAACCAAAAUGAGGUUCUGCCAGCUUCCGGAAGGGGGCCCCGACAGCGAGGACGCACGAUUGCACCUGCGCCAGUUGAAGAGGAUAUCGAAGAAGACAGAUUACCAUCGAGCACACGUUUCCCACCUCGCGGACGCAACUUGACGCCUGCCAGUUCAACCACUUACGUGCCAGAGGUUUCCUCGGAAACAACCAGGCAGCGAGGCCGACCACAGAUCGACAACGUUGCUGACGAGUCUAUUGGCCAAACGAGGAGCAGGACCCGAGCGCAUAUAAGGCGGCCCAGCUCAGAACUUGUCGAUUUAGACAGCUUUAAGACAAACUCUGGAGACAUUCCCUCUCAAUACAAAGAGCCACCUACGAGAUAUUCCUCCGAAAGUAAAACAUCUACUGAAAUACCUGAAGGUGUACCUACCAAAGACCCCUCGCAUGCCAAAGAAUCAGUACGGGAAGGACACAGCUUGUCAAGCGGAAUUAGAUUCCAAGAAAUAAUCGACGACUCGAAACUUCCUUCGGACUACAAACAAACGACCCCAUAUGAACAGGACACCACGGAAUAUACAACGAUGACUGCAAUGGAGAAGGUCGCUCUCGACCUAUAUGCUUAUUUAGCUGGUGAAAACUUGAACAACGAUGUCAACCCAACCGUCGACGAUCUCGGUUUUGAGGGUACCACUGCUGCUGACGAGGAGUCAUCCACAACAGAGGCUCUUAGCACAACUGAAGAGGCGACGACGCCCACAACAACGACGACCACCACGACCACGACGACCACCACGACCACACCGGCCCCCACGACCACGGCCGCGCCCACACGGCCUUCCCGUUUCAAGGGCAGGCCCGGUGCCCGCGCGCGCGUCUCCACUACGUCCAGCGCGCCCACCGAACCUCCCCACGAAUCUUCUACAAGAGCUAGAGGUCGGUUCAGCAAGCCAGGCGGCGUGCGCAAGACCACCGCUGCAGCGGCCGAAGCGUCCACGCCCGCCGCUGCCCCUCUAGAGAAACCUGUGUCGCAGCCCAAGGCGUUUGGUCGUCGCGGCUUGUUCGCGGGUCGCAACCGGCCGAGCUCCACCACCGCUGCGCCCGCCGCCGAGGACGGCAGCAGCUCGCCCGCCAGCGACACUCCUGCGCCGAGGCCCCGCCUUCGCCCGAACUUGAGGAGGCCCAUCGGCUCUACUACCAGCAGCGCAGCCCCCGCUGAAGACAGCACGGCUCCUGCCGCCAGCGAAUCGGCGGAGACCACCGUUGCUCCGAGCAGAACCAUUGGCCGCGGCCGCCCCGGACUGCGACCCGCGUCUCUGCGCCCCGGACCAAGACUGAACCUGCGCGCCAACCCGCGCCCUCGGCCUGGCGCCGCUACCGAGGCACCCGCUGAUGCACCCACGGAGACAUCCGCGCCUGAUGCACCGCCCACUGACUCCGAUGCUGAGGGUUCGUCACCGACGCCUGCCCCCGAGGCGCCGCGCGGGGGCCUCCGCGUGCGCAACCGGCUCACGGUGCAGCCGUCGCCCAAGCCGCGCGUGGCCCCCACGCCGCUGCCCCGCCGGCCCAACCCGCUGCUCAAGAGGAAGCUACCGUCUACUGAGGCAACCACGGAAGCGGCGAAGAAAGUAGAAGAGGAAGUAACAGAGGAAAGUAACGUCAGCGGCGAGAAGAGCGAGGCGGAGACGGAGGCCGCGCCCGCGGAGACGACGCCGGCGCCGCCGCUGCGCGGGCUGGACGCGCUGUUCGCGCGCCGCCGCGCCGCCGGCGGCAUCGGCGCGCGCCCCGCCCGGCCCGCGCGCGACGCCCGCCGCACCGCCUAGCGCACAUCACAUCCCCCUACAACUUCACUUCACAUACAAUGACGCAAACUCUAAAGGACACGCAUUCACUAGUUGCAAGUCGUAAAAAUUCGACACCAGACAAGUUUGAGUUCGACCGACGGAAUUUUCCAUAAGCGAUAUGUCGGGGGCUCGUGUGUGAUCUGUGAAUGCUGGGGUCACCAAAACAACGCACAAAUAUUGCCUUUAAAGAUUAUCCAUAGUUCGCCUGUUUUGGUCAUUGUAUGUGCUGGUCGUACCUAUUAUAAUUUCCUCGGUGCGAAUUGUCAUUACUUUUAGUCAAUUUCAUACCCAAAUGGUAGUGAUGUUUCCACGUCAACGUACUAAGUAGGUACUUUUAAUCUCAUUUCUAGCAUAUGUUUAGAGUUUAAAAAUUCUUAGCCGACUUACAUCUUCAACUGUAAUAGAUGAAACCUAUGUUCCUGAGAAAUGGAGCAAUACCGGGACUUUUUUUCCAUAACCCUAUUUAUACGUGUUAUGUACAUAUUAGAGUUAAUUUUGUUACGAAAAAUAAGCGGGUUCAAAAAUCUGCUUAACACAAUCCUAGGGUGUCCCGAGAAGCCUGAGUAUCGCCGACUAUUUCAUCCUAGUAAUAAGUAGUAAUAGGCUCAACUGUGUGGAUCAGCUUUAUGUCCUUAGGGCUCCAACGUUUCAUUUAAUAGCCCUUUAUCUUCUACACCGUCUUCUAAUUCAGAUAAAUUGCACUGGGUAGUUCAUAUUGCAGCAAUACAUAAAAAAAGUGAUCCCUGGUUAUUUUGGUUAGGACCUGCAACCUCAAGUAUGAAAAAAAGGCUUAGAGAAAUAUUUUACUAGAAUUUCCUUCAUUUGAACAGCGCACAUCUAUUGUAUGUCGUAAACAAAUUCCAAAUGUCACAGUAAGAACUACAACUAUAAUUCGAAAUUAAUUAUGAAGACAAUAAUAAUGUUUGGGAAGCGAAAGAAAUAUUAGGUACGAAGAAAACAUGAAUUUAUAUAAUUGACUCUUAAAAAUUAUACUCAUUUAGUCUUUAUUUAUAGGGAUAGUUAAGGAAGUUUUGUAAUAAUCGUUGAUAAUGAAUCACCAGCAAGCAUCGAACGACAUCGAUGUAAUUAAAGCGUCUGAAGCACUGAUAGCGAGUGCCAUCGUGAUAUGUUUUGUAUAUUUCGUAAGUGUGAUAAUAAACUUAAUAUAAUAGAA